UAUUAAUCAAACAAAAAUCAACAUCAAACUCUGCAUAUCAAGUUCUCAUUGCCAGACUUCUCUUCCUAGUUCCUACCACUCACUACCAUGUUUAGUUUGUUACCAAACAAUUAAAAUCAAUGGCACCUUCUUUCCUAGCUAUAUAUAAUCCCAGACACAGUGCAUCCAUCCAUCUAAGCUCUACAUCAUCAUGGAAUCCCAUAACACUGAUCCUGGACCUCUUGAGCCACUCCCUUUAAUCAACUACUUCCUCCACUCUUCAACUGUGCAUGAGCACCUGGAUGUUAAUGAAGAAGAAGAAGGUGAUAAUGGAGUAGAACUAGAACUAGGCCUUCCUAUACUCAGUUCAUUCGGAAAUUCCGAAAAGCCGGAAACUGGAAAGCAGAAGGAAGAAGAAACCCGAUGGUAUUGGAUACCAACUCCUGAGCAAAUCCUCACUGAAUUCACCACCUUUUCCUGUCAUGUGUGCAAGAAAACAUUCAACAGAUACAACAACUUGCAGAUGCAUAUGUGGGGGCAUGGGUCAGAGUACAGGCAAGAGAGCAAGUUAGUAAGAGGAGUUCAACCAAGAGUGGUGGUAGGAUUGGCAUGCUACUGCUGUGAAGAAGGGUGUAAGAAUAAUAUAAGGCACCCAAAGGCUAAGCCAUUGAAGGAUAUGAGAACUCUGAGAACACAUUAUAAGAGGAAGCACGGAGCUAAGAGCUUUGGAUGUAGGAGGUGUGGGAGGCUUUGGGCAGUGAAAGGGGAUUGGAGGACACAUGAGAAGAAUUGUGGUAAAGUUUGGUUAUGUCAAUGUGGUGCUGAUUUUAAGCAUAAGAGAUCACUUACAGAUCAUAUUAAAGCUUUUGGAUUUGGUCAUGUUAGUAUUGUCUGAUUUCUAGUUGGUGAAUUUUCCUUUUUGGGAGGCUUGUGUUUUUAAAUAUGUAUGAACUAGAUAUAUAUAGGCAUGUCUCACUGUUUACUGUUAUACAGGAUUGUAAUUUACCCCGACAAAGUACAUUGUAUUAGCCUGGAA